UCCACUGAAGAGAUCCUCUUUUCUUCGUGUGACCACCACUUGGCCUAGUCUACAGAACUGACAAUGCAUUUGAAUCGACAUCUAGGAGAAAGAACAACUUGACAAACAAGAUCAAGACUUCGAUGUGGUUGUGAAAAUGGACAACAGUAGAAACUUUAACAUGGACAACAUCAUAGCCUUAUUCCGAAAAGAGUAUGAGGAAAUUAUGCAGAGAAGUAAAGCGGAGGCAGAUAAAUUUUACCAAAACAAGUAUGAAGAAGCUCAAAGUAAGAGAUCUAGUUUCCAAUGGGAUCUGAAGAAUCGAGAACAGCAGAUUUCAGGACUUAUCGAACAAGUUGAAAAAGUCCAGUGUGAAAUUCAGAGCUUGCAGAAGGAGGUAAGACUGGAGCAAGGCAAAUUAGACAACUAGGGUUUGUUUGUUUUUUUGGUAGAAUAAUUCAAAUUUCAAAUUAGAAUAAUUCAUGCAUGAGUACUACAGAAUA